AUGGAAAAAGCGUCUUAUGAAAUUUCUUCUCCUAAAGAUCAUAAUGAAUUAAACACUUGCAUAUGUUAUUUGCCUGGAAACAAAUCAUUUUGCUAUAGAGGCCAUUCCAAAUCUACCAAUCAUAAUGGCAUUGCUUUUAUCAUUGAUGAAGAUCAUAACAUCCAAAUCAUUCCUUCAAAAUUGUCAACUUUUGGAUAUUGCGCAACCUAUUACAACAAUUUUGUUUAUAUGUUUGGAGAGUCUUCUCUAUAUCGAUAUAAUUUGAUUAAUACAAAUUGGAAAAAUCUAGGAAAUAUAUGCACCUUAGUAAACAAGCAAAAGUUUUUAAUAUUUUUUAAUACAAAUUUAUUUUAAUAUAUAUUAAUUAUUAUAAAAUGAAAUUUCAUACAAAUUAUAUUAAAUUUUAGACCGAUAAUUAAAUAGAUUUUUCAAUAGUUUUUAA